CUCCGGCAGGGGCGCGGGAGGCGGCGGCGGCGCGGGGCAGGGCUGGCGGAAGGGCGCCGCACCUGCCGCCGCGCGGGGGCGGGAGCCAGGUGGCCGCGGCGUGCCAGCUCGCAGGGCCACCCAGCAGGAAGUGGCUGCGGCGCGGCCUGCUGGCGGGGCGGCCCCGCGGGGAGACGGCCGUAGCCCGGAGCCCGGCGCGGGGAGCAAGACCUAAUGGCGGCGCUGGCGCCCGCGGGCCCCGGGGACGCCGCCUCGGCAGCCCUGGACGAGCUGUCCAGCAACUUCACAUACUGGGCGCCGGACGCGGGCAACGGCUCGCUGUCAGGCGAGUGGUACCGCAGGAACCAGGUUCACCUUUUUGGAGUUUUGCUGGCCAUUUUAGGAAACUUCAUAAUCAGCAUUUCCCUAAAUAUUCAGAAAUAUUCUCAUCUUCAGUUGGCACAACAAGAACACUCAAGGCCAUACUUCAAGAGCAUGAUUUGGUGGGGUGGAGUCUUCCUGAUGGCUGUCGGGGAGACAGGGAACUUUGCUGCCUAUGGACUUGCCCCCAUUACCCUGAUUGCACCAUUAGGCUGUAUGUCUGUUGCAGGUAGUGCCAUUAUUUCUGUUAUGUUUCUGAAAGAAAAUUUGAGAGCCUCAGAUUUACUAGGUAUGACAUUGGCAUUUGCAGGAACAUAUUUAUUGGUGAAUUUUGCUCCAAAUAUAACUCAGGCUGUCUCAGCAAGAACAGUACAGUAUUACAUUGUUGGCUUGCAGUUCCUGGUAUAUGUGAUUUUAGAAAUGUUAAUUUUCUGCAUUCUUCUAUAUUUCCUUAAAAGAAAAGGAAUGACACAUAUUGUGAUUCUGCUUACUCUGGUGGCACUUUUAGCCUCAUUGACUGUUAUUUCAGUAAAAGCUGUCUCAGGCAUGAUCACUUUUUCUGUGACGAAUAAAAUGCAGCUAACUUAUCCCAUCUUCUAUAUCAUGUUUAUCAUCAUGAUAGCAUCUUGUGUUUUCCAAGUCAAGUUCCUGAAUCAAGCCACGAAGCUCUACAACACGACAGCGGUGGUGCCCGUUAACCAUGUUUUCUUUACCACCAGUGCCAUCAUCGCAGGUAUCGUAUUUUACCAGGAAUUCCGUGGUGCUGCUUUUCUCACUGUAUUUAUAUAUCUUUUUGGGUGCUUUCUGUCAUUCCUUGGUGUGUUUUUGGUCACAAGAAAUCGAGAGAAGGAACAUCUGCAACAGAGCUAUAUUGAUUUUGGAAAUAUUCCUGGGAAACAAAUGUUGGACAAAAUACAACCAGAUUCAAAUGGCUUAUCCUAUGGAACCUUGCCUGAUGGAAGUGACUCAACAAAGAGCCAAAGUGGAGAGAAGAAAGAGGUCUGAAGUGCCGAGAGGGACGGCUGUUGGCCUGUUAUUUGAUACCACCUUUUUAAAAAAUUGCACAUGUUCAAUUUGUGUCAGCAGCUAUUUCAUGCUGACAUGUGCUCACAUUCGUUUCAGUCCUUCCCCACUGUGGACAAUCAGAGCCUUCCUACGCAUUGACAGUCUAAUGUUUUCAUGGAAUGUAAUUUGAAGUGUUCCCCACACCCUGGAACUCUCCCUAGUGACCAUCUAACCCGUUAGAUCUUAAUUAGAGCCUGACUGCUCAGGCAGGAAUGUCACACAAAAAUGUGCAUUCGCAAUUUGGUCAUAGAAGGCAUAGGUUGCUUCUCCCAUGUGGCUUGUAGGCAGUUGCUUGGCUUCAAAGAGACCCCUUAGCCCUGCAACCUCUGUCCUGAAAGACAGUUCUAGGGCACCUUUUAUGAGCCUCCCGUAAAGAGCUCCCCUUUUCAUUCCUGAACUAGAAUGGCAACUCAUCUUUUCAGAAAACUAACACUAUUAAAAUCCUCCUUUGAAAAUAAAGGGCCUCUUUAUAAUGAGAAUUUACAGGUGGCAUUCUGCAAUGGGACAUACCAGAAUUCAAAGACUGGGACAGUGUACUUUUUUAAGCCUAAAAGGAAAAUUAAAAAAAAUAGGACUGUGCUCAUUUCCAAAACACAUAUACUAAAAUUGGAACAGGACAGAGAAGAUUAGCAUGGCCCCUGGGCAGGGAUGACAAGCAAAUAUGUGUAAUGUUAAGGGGAGAAAAUGAAUUAGGUCUAAUGUUCAUUUAUUUUUAGUAAAAAUAUAGAAUGGUGGUAUUUUCUUCAGCUGUAUGGUCCUAUUAUACUUGAAUUGAAAAUGAAGAAAAACUUCAUAUUCUAUGCCUUUAAUUGUUACAGAUCUCAUAAUUUAUCAGGUGGGUUUAUGUUUUAACUUUCAACACAAGUCUCAAAAAUCACAUUUAGAUUCAAAGUGAUGUUUGCAUUAUAUGCCAUUUCUUCCUCAAGUCAUUGUCUCAAACCUAGUAGAUUCUUCUAGAAGGGUUAUGACCAAAGAUGUGGGUUUCAGCCUUUUGGGGGAAGGAAUUUAACCCAGGGGCAAUUUACCACUGAGCCACAUCCCCAGCCCUUUUUAUUUUUUAUUUUGAGACAGGAUCUCACAAAGUGGCUGAGACUGGCCUCAAACUUGUCAUCCUCCUGGCUUAACCUCCCAAGCCGUUGUGCCUGGCUGGAUCUCAGCCAUUUGAAUCUGCCCAGUAGUGCUCCUGUGUCCUUAAUGGCUCUCUGCUGCUAUUAAUCCUGGGUCUACUGACAUAGGUCUGCAGAUUGACUCCAUUGUAAUAUCUGUUGUUUAUAAUCUACCUAACAUUUAAAUGAGAAGAAAAGAGGAAGUCUUAAUUGUAAUCAAAUGAUAAAGCCCUAUCCUUAAUGGCAUUUCAAAGCCUUCAGAUCACUCCUGACCUGUCAGUCUGAUAUUGUUCUGGUCAAUGGUCUCUCACUAGUGUAGGGGUUCAACUCAGAGCUAUUGAGAUUGUGAUCUUAACUGCUUCAGGUCUUUCAGUUUUGUUCUUCAUCCUAACAUUUUUUUUUUAAGCUUAAGAUAUUGCCACUUGUUAUUAUAAAAUAAAGGUCUGCUAAAAUAUAGAAAUGGAUCUAAAGGAUAUAAAAUUAAACUUAAUUUCCUUAUUCCAAAACAGAUUUGUGUGAAUAAUUCCAGAAAAUUUCUGUGCUAACCUAUACUCUUGACUAGACUGGCCAAAAUUAGCCACAAAGGAGAGAGAGCUAAAUCUAUCAGCAAUGUACAAAAAAUAAUCUCGAGUCCAUGUCUGGCUUCUGAACUCCUGGUAACAAUUUCUGCCAUUGUGGGAAGUGUCCCAUUGGUUCACAUACAGCAGUCAUCUAAUUUAUAGCAUGUUACACUGAACAGGUACAGCAUGUUGACACUGGGAGGCUCAGCUGAGAACUGUGUCUGAGGCCUUAAACUACAGAUUUCCGGUGAAUCUUGAAACUGGUUUCUAAGAUUGGGAAACAAUUAGACUGAAAAGUUUUACAGGAAGUAGGACUGCAUUUAUAGCUAGAGUGCAUAGUUUUGAAUAUUGUGGAAUUUUGCAGACAAAAGCACAACACCAUUAUUUUACUGGCUGCCAACAUUUGCAUCUAUUAAAAGUACCAAAAAAUGACAUUGACUUAUAUAAUCCAGCGAUGCUUUAGAAAUCCAGAUUACAUAUGAAAUACACUCAAAUCUAAUUUUGUUUUCCAUAUUCUGCCCCAAAGUAAGGUGAAUAGUAGGAAUUUUAGUAUACUGACUUGUAGGAUUUUUAAAAAGUACUAGUGUAUAACAACCACCAAAGCCAACGCAGUCCUUGUCUUGGCAUUGUGAGUUGGGGACCUUUAGCCAACAUUUGGCUCAUUUGACUAUUUGUCUAGACAAGUGAUUGGCAAACUUUUUCAGUAGAGACUUAGAGAGUAAAUAUUUUGGGGUCUGUGUUGUCCAUACGGUAUCUAUCCCAACUACUCAACUCUGCCAUUGUAGCACAAAAGCAUCCGCAGACAAUAUGUAAACAUAUGAGCAUGGCUGAGCUCCAGUAGAACUUUAUUUACCAAAAUACACCAAUCCCUGGACUGUAUUUGCCAACCCCUGAUCUAGAUUCUUCUACCCUUGCUAUGCACCUUUUUCUAUUUCUUGGGCAUUGAAGAUUUUAAAAAAUAACAUUUCAUUGUUCAUGAUAAAUCAGAUACUAUGGGAGUGUCUUGAUAGUUACAUUAGGGUCUUUUUGCUCAUUUAAGAAAUAAAUGAGAGCAUGAGUUUACUCUUAGAGUUCAAAUUUCUCACUUUGGAAAGCAGUGAUUAUUU